AGGAGUGGGCACGUUUGAUUGACAGGUGGGGGGACAAACUUUUGGAAGGCCGCUAUAUAACCCCAGAGUGGUCAGGAGUCAGAAUCACUUCAGGAAAAAAAUAUCUGAAAAACACUUUCUCUUCUUUCUUUUCUGAGCUCAUCAAUACACUGACCUGACGAUGGCCAACUUUGACGCGAUCCUCGCUUGCUGGGGCAAAGUGGAAGCCGACUACACCAGUUACGGAGGAGAAGUUCUGACCCGUCUGUUCAUACAGCACCCCGAAACCCAGAAACUCUUCCCUAAGUUUGUGGGAAUCGCACCUGGAGAUCUGCCAGGAAACGCGGCGGUCGCAGCACAUGGCGCCACCGUGUUGAAGAAGCUCGGUGAACUCAUCAAGGCAAAAGGACAGCACGCUGCCAUCCUCAAACCACUGGCUACAUCCCACGCCAAUAUACACAAGAUCCCCCUCAACAACUUCAAGCUGAUCAGCGAGAUCGUCAUCAAGGUGUUGGCGGAGAAGGCCGGCCUUGAUGGCACCGGGCAGGACGCUCUGAGGAAGGUGUUUGUGAUCGUCAUCGGGGACAUCGACAGCUCCUACAAGGAGCUCGGCUUCGCCGGCUAGACGACCUGCGAGACGACUCUCCUCCUCUUCGAGUCCCUGACAUCAUCGGGGCCAGAGUAACAUGGGUGUUUAUUUAGCCAGUGGGAGUAGAGUGUAAUCAAGGCAGUUCUAAUUAUUACUCUUUCUGCAAGUAACGGUUUUAACGGCGUAGUAGUGAAGCAGCAGCUGUGAAGCGUAGAGGCCAAAUCAAACAUCCACCUCGAGCAAAAAAAUAAAUAUAUAAAAUAACAAUUGACAAAAAAGUUUCAAAUGAAGUUUUGGUCACUGAGCCUCAGAUUUCAUCAGUUCUGAACCACUGAUUUCAUUGUUGUUUUUUUACUUCUCAUAUUUUACUAACAGAAGUUCAAAGCGUCAGUUUUUCCUCGAAAUACAUACGGAGAAAGGUGUGUACAUAGGAUAUUCCUAAGAAAAAACUAAUUUCUGUCGGGUUUUUACAAUAACAGGGUUUUUUGCUUGAUAAUACGGAUUAACACUUAAUAAGAUUUCUUUAAGCUCUUCUUUGUUCUGGACCAACCUGAAUUUAUUUCACAGCAACAAUCACCAAUUGUUCAGAUCUGUGUUAGUGUCUUGAGGUCCGGGGCGAGCGAACGAUCAAAACGAAGAAGAAAAACCAACAAACAAAGAGCCAGAGGAAAUGAUGAUAAGAAUAGAAAGCGCAGCAGGAAAUAGAGCGACGAUCCAAACAGGAAACGGCUUUAAUCGGUAGUAUGACUUACAAACAGCCACGGCUGAUGGGCUAGCGUUUCAGUCGAAAGGUUUUUAGUCACACUGACACACACACGAAAAAAAGAAGAUUCUUUGCAUUUUCAUUAGUGUUUAAAAACAAAAAAAAACACCUUCACGGUCUUCGUGCACGGUCUCCUCGGGUUAUCUGAGAAUGAUGAACAUCUCGAGGUUGAAACAACUGGACGAGUGUGUGUUCGUGUCAGACAUGCUUCAGAAAGUGCAGUCCUGCUGGUCUACAUCUAUUUAUCUACUUAUCUAUCUACCUAUAUAGCGAUCUGUCUACAGUAUAAUUAACAUGCUUUAAUGUGUGAUUAACCUGUGAUCAUUAAUAAAAGUCCCUCCGCUCACA